AUGGCGGCGGUGGCGGCAGCACGAGCUGUGUCUGCGGGCCCUGGGCUCCGGAGUCUAAAACGGACACUGCCUCUUGUAGUAAUUCUCGGGGCCACGGGUACCGGCAAAUCCACGCUGGCGUUACAGCUAGGCCAGCGGCUCGGUGGCGAGAUCGUCAGCGCUGACUCCAUGCAGGUUUAUGAAGGCCUAGACAUCAUCACCAACAAGGUUUCUGCCCAAGAGCAGAGAAUGUGCCAGCACCACAUGAUCAGCUUUGUGGAUCCUCUUGUGACAAAUUACACAGUGGUGGACUUCAGGAACAAAGCAACUGCUCUGAUUGAAGAUAUAUUUGCCCGAGAUAAAAUUCCUAUUGUCGUGGGAGGAACCAAUUAUUAUAUUGAGUCUCUGCUCUGGAAAGUUCUUGUCAAUGCUAAGCCCUGGGAGAUGGGCACUGAGAAAGUGAUUGACCAGAAAGUUGAGCUUGAAAAGGAGGAUGGCCAUGCACUCCACAAACGCCUAAGCCAGGUGGAUCCAGAAAUGGCUGCCAAGCUGCACCCACAUGACAAGCGCAAAGUGGCCAGGAGCUUGCAAGUGUUUGAAGAAACAGGAAUCUCUCAUAGUGAAUUUCUUCAUCGUCAACAUGCAGAGGAAGGUGGUGGUCCCCUUGGAGGCCCUCUGAAGUUCCCUAACCCAUGCAUCCUCUGGCUUCAUGCUGAACAGACAGUUCUAGAUGAGCGCUUGGAUAAGAGGGUGGAUAACAUGCUCGCCGCUGGGCUCUUGGAUGAACUAAGAGAUUUUCACAAACGCUAUAAUGAGAAGAAAGUUGUGGAAAACAGCCAGGACUAUCAACAUGGUAUCUUCCAAUCAAUUGGCUUCAAGGAAUUUCACGAGUACCUGAUCACUGAGGGAAAAUGCACACCAGAGACUAGAAACCAGCUCCUAAAGAAAGGUAUUGAGGCUCUGAAACAAGUGACUAAGAGAUAUUCCCGGAAGCAAAACCGAUGGAUUAAAAACCGUUUUUUGAGCAGACCUGGUCCCAGUGUUCCCCCAGUAUAUGGCUUAGAAGUAUCUGAUGUCUCGAAGUGGGAGGAAUCUGUUCUUGAACCUGCUCUUGAAAUUGUGCGAAGUUUCAUCCAGGGCCACAAGCCUGCAGCCACUCCAGUAAAGAUGCCAAGCAGUGAAACUGAGAACAAGAGAAGUUAUCACAUGUGUGACCUCUGUGAUCGAAUCAUCAUUGGGGACCGUGAAUGGGCAGCACACAUGAAAUCCAAGUCCCACUUGCACCAACUGAAGAAAAGAAGAAGGUUGGACUCAGAUGCCAUCACUACCAUAGAAAGUCAGAGUAUUUCCCCAGACCAUGAUAAAGAGCUUAAAGAAAGGGGAUCCCUAGGGCAGAAUGAUGAAGAGCUGAAAUCCAGUGUUUAAGGGACUUGUCCAGUGGCCUUUGCAAAGGUGGGGGGGGUCCAGUUCUUUCAUUCAGUGGUGUGGUUUUAUUUAUUUUUUAAAAAAUUUCUUUUCUUUUUCUUUUUUUUUUUUUUUUUUAGUGGUGUGGUUUUAACGUCUCAUGUUCUCUGUCAUGGAAACAGCAGGCCUUGUUAGCUCCUUGUGUGGCUGAUAUGUCUGGUCUGGUAAUGAGUUUGGGAAGGGCUUUUUUUUUUUUCUUUUAACCUUAAAGUUUCUGUUUCUGAAAGAGGCACAGACUGCACUUUUUUACAUUUGAUCUUUUUGGUAAUGAAUACUGGGAUUUACUGUAUCCCUUUAAAAAAAGUUUUAUGUCCUUGACUCUGGCUGGAAAUAUCUAAUUUCCAGACACUUGUAUAGAUGAUUGAGUUAUUGUGAGCCACAAUUCAAGAGUUCUGGAUUUGGGUGAAUGGCAGUAAAGGAUCAGCCCCAGUGAGAUAAUUAAGUGAACCAAACCAGUUUUUGGAAUUCCAUCGAGACGGAGAGAAUCAGACUGAGGUGGUUGUGACAUGGAACUUGAAAACCGAAGACUGACAUUUGUGGAGCUCCUCCUAUGUGAUUAUCACUGCUAUCUUUCUAUUGAGUUAGGAGACUAUAUUUUUAUUGAAAGUUAAAUAAAGAAAAAGUUUGCAAGAACCUCUCUAGUCCUUAAAAAUAUGUUUAUGUUCAUGUCUAACUUAUAUACAGUAUGCUUUGUUUUCAACAUGAGAGCUUUUUCUCAAAGUUGAUGUUCUUAAUAUGCUAUCUGUUUAUUUAGCAUGUUUAUUGAGCACUUACUAUAUUCCUGGAAAACAUCUGGAGAGGAUUUUUUUUUUUAUUGGAGAUUUGUUAUUUCCAGUUGAAGCUCUCUUAUUGGAGUGACCUGAGCUACCAGCAACGCUAUGCUGGGUCUCAGUUGCGGCACACGGGAUCUUAGUUGUGGCAUGCAUUCAGGAUCUAGUUCCCUGACCAGGGAUCGAACCCGGGCCCCCUGCAUUGGGAGCACGGAGUCUUACCCACUGGACCACCAGGGAAGUCCCUAAACAUUUCUUAAGGGGGGAUAUGAAGCCAGUUUGGGCUGCCUUAAAACCUAUGCUGUAACCAUUAAGCUGUACUUCUCCAAAGGCAUUCCUUUAGGGGUUUUCAAAUGUAUAAAUUAUUUAUACCCCAUCUAUUUAUAAGAAGGAAUCAAGACAAGAAAAAGCAAAACAAGAUUCCAGAAGAAGUAACCCUUCUAAGAUGUUUGUGUUAGGUAAGACUUAUGGUUACAAAUGAAACAAGCGAGAUUCAAAUGACCUUAAGCAAAAAGGUGAUCUUAUGAUAGGGUUAUUGAGGUGUCUCAUCAAAUUCAAGCACAGGAAAGGAUCAAGGCCCCAGGUACAACCAGUACCACCUACGCUGGUGCUGUGGAGUCUCACUGUCUUAUUUCUGUCACUGCAAACAGGCUUUCUCUUUGGUGGGAGACAGGACUACCCAUAGCACCUAAGUUUUACCUCUUCCAGCUUUUACAUCUGAGAGAGAUUGUGCUGAUGCUUUCUCUGGUUCUAAGUUCAAAAGUGCCAGGAUAUCUCACACCCAUUAGGAUGGAUUAUAUUUAAAAACAAAAAACCCCAAGAAAACCCAAGUGUUGAUGAGGAUAUGGAGAGAUUGGAACCCUUGUGUUGGUGGGAAUGUAAAAUGGUACAGCUGUUAUGGAUAACAGUUUGGUGGUUCCUAAAAAACUUAAUAGAAUUGCCAUAGGAUCCAGUAAUUCCAUUUCUGGAUAUAUACCCAAAAGAACCGAAAGCAGGGUCUUGAAGAGAUUUUUGUACACCCACGUUCAUAGCAUUAUUCACAGUAGUCCAGAAGGUUGAAAUAACCCCCAGGUGUCCGUCAACAGGUGAAUGGAUAAACAAAAUGUGGUAGAUACAUAAAAUGGAACAUUAUUCAGCCUUAAGAAGGAAAUUGUAACACAAGCUGCAACAUGGAUAGACCUUGAGGAUAUUAUGUUAGAUGAAAUAAACCAGUCAAAAAAAGAGCAAAUACUGGGGCUUCCCUGGUGGCGCAGUGGUUAAGAAUCCGCCUGCCAAUGCAGGGGACACUGGUUUGAGCCCUGGUCCGGGAAGAUCCCACAUGCCACGGAGCAACUAAGCCCGCGUGCCACACUACUGAACCUGCAAUCUAGAGCCCGUGAGCCACAACAAGA